UUUGAGGUUGGAGGAAACUUUUUUGGACUAGUGGAUACUAAUCUGUUUUCAAUAUUCAGUAAAUGAGACAGCUGUUUCUAGCAAGAAAUUUUCUUUUCCCCCUGUUUUGAGUACAUGAAGGAGAUUGCAGAAUAAAUGCAAAUUGGAGCAACAAGAGAGAGUUGGACCUUGGCAUAUGAAUACAAAUGGGAGGAUGUGCUAAUCUGGACAAGUUAUUCUAAAUUAGGUUGCUUGUCAACUUUCCAGUCUCAAGAGUUUAAACUCAAUGAUACUGUAGCACUACAGGAAGCCUCAAUCUUCUCAUGAUUAAUGUAAACCUCAAACAUGGUGAAUCAAAUAGAUAGCAAUACUGAGUAUUCAAAAAUAAAUGAGGCCUUUAUAUCCUCCUGAGUGAUUGGUUAAGAUGAUCAGAAUUAAAUAUUAUGAUCAUAAUUCAUCCAAGGAGCCCAAUUUAUCUACUGUGAAUUGUUAGUAAUGCAAUUGUUUCAAUCGUGCUUGUUGUAUACAUUACUGUCUGAUUUUCAGGUACUGGCAGGAGUUCAUAAGGUAAGAAUUCAUACAUGUGGCUUGGACCAAAACCGAUAGUGAUGAUCAUGAACCCUGAACACAUAAGGGAGAUCACAACAAAGAUUUACAUCUUUCAAAAGCCUCGUGCUAAUCCACUUACCAAAUUGCUGACACAAGGGCUGGUGAGCUAUGAUGGAGAUAAAUGGGCUAAACACAGAAAACUCAUCAAUCCCGCUUUCAAUGUGGAGAAAUUGAAGCAAAUGGUCCCAUCAUUUUAUGCAAGCACUAGUGAGAUGUUGGGUAAAUGGGAGGAGAUUGUUUCAACCAAUGGCUCCUGUGAGUUGGAUGUUUGGCCGGAUCUUCAAGCUCUGACUUCUGAUGCAAUUUCACGGACGGCAUUUGGAAGUAACUAUAAAGAAGGAAAAAGGAUAUUUGAACUUCAAAGAGAACAGUCUGAACAUUUCCUAAAGGCUAGAGAAUCAAUAUACAUUCCAGGAUGGAGGUUUUUGCCAACAAAAAGAAAUAGAAGAAUGAAACAAAUUGCUAAAGAUGUUCAAGAAUCUAUUAGAGAAAUUAUAAAUGCAAGAUUGAAGGCAAUGAAAGAAGGGGAAGCAUGUGCUGAUGACUUAUUGGGUAUAUUACUCGAAUCCAAUUCUAAAGAAAUUGAUAAUCACGGCAACAAGGAUUUUGGCAUGACUAUUAAAGAAGUUAUUGAUGAAUGCAAGCUGUUCUAUUUUGCGGGGCAGGAGACCACCUCAGUGCUGCUUGUAUGGACAAUGAUCUUAUUGAGUAGGUAUCCAAACUGGCAAGCGCGGGCUAGAGAAGAAGUUUUGCAACACUUUGGGACUAACAAGCCUGAUUUUGAAGGGUUAAAUCACCUAAAAUUGGUCACCAUGAUACUACACGAAGUUCUCAGACUAUAUCCGCCAGCAGCUACCAUUGCUCGAAGAGCUGCUGUAGAAAUUCAGUUGGGAAAUUUAAAUCUACCAGCUCAAGUGCUGUUAUCAUUACCAACAAUUUUGUUGCACCAUGACCCUGAAAUAUGGGGCAAUGAUGUGGAGGAGUUUAAGCCAGAGAGGUUUGCUGAUGGAGUCUCAAAUGCAACGAAGGGGCAAGUUGCGUUCUUCCCAUUUGGUUGGGGACCUCGCAUAUGCAUUGGCCAAAACUUUACCAUGGUGGAGGCAAAACUGGCAGUAGCUAUGGUUCUCCAGCGUUUCUCCUUUGAACUCUCCCCAUCUUAUGCUCAUGCACCCCGUGAAGUCAUAACUAUUCAACCGCAGUAUGGUGCUCACUUGAUUUUGCACAAAUUGUAGUAAGUAAUUUGCAGCUGUUUGUGUCCAUAGCUUGUAAGGAUACAAAAAUUAAGAUGUUCAAAUUUGACUUCUCUUCCAAAAUCGAGAUAGUUCUCAUGUACUCCUUCUGGAGUGAACAACAGUUGUAUGGAGCAGUUUGUCCCUUCUGCAUUUACUGUAUCAUGUGGUGUUCAUAAAUGCCUCAAACCUGAUCGUAAAUUCUAAGCAAGCAUUGUUAA